AUGUCGGGAAGAGGAAAAGGCGGCAAGGGCUUAGGCAAAGGCGGUGCCAAGCGCCACCGCAAGGUCUUGAGGGAUAACAUCCAAGGCAUCACCAAGCCGGCAAUCCGGCGCCUCGCCCGGCGUGGAGGAGUCAAGCGCAUCUCCGGCCUCAUUUACGAGGAGACUCGGGGUGUGCUAAAGGUGUUUCUAGAAAACGUCAUUCGGGAUGCAGUCACCUACACUGAGCACGCCAAGCGCAAGACGGUCACCGCCAUGGACGUGGUGUAUGCCCUCAAGCGACAGGGACGCACCCUGUAUGGCUUCGGAGGCUAAGUUGCCGCCUCAGCUCCACGUAGAUCUAUGCCAACGGCCCUUUUUAGGGCCAACCAUCUAGU